UGGGUGUCGCCAAUGUCCCAGAAGGAUGUGAGAGGGAGGUAAAGAACAAAAACAUCCAGGAAGACAGCAGAAAUGUCUGAGUCGCCUGACAGCGCUAGCCUCCCUUCUACCCUUUCCCAAGUUAAUUUAAUGGAAUUGGACGCAAUUGACGAUAAGGAGUUUGACAUUCCCCAGAUAGACACCCCGCCUACAUUGGAGAGCAUCCUCAAUGAGACAGACGAUGAGGAAGAAGCUUUCGUUUUGGAGGACACUUGUGUUUUAAAUCCAGAAAACAUUGAUAGAUAUUCCUGUGAAACAGCUUCAUUAACAAGCUCUGAUAGUGGAGACCCAGCGCAAAUCAAAAGGAGGAAGAAGACCUUGGACCCGCAGUCAAAUGUGCAUGGAUCUGUUCUCCGACACAGUCUGCUGAAGGGAAUUUCUGCCCAGAUCGUCUCUGCUGCUGACAAAGUAGAUGCUGGACUUCCUACGGCUAUAGCAGUUUCCAGUGUGAUUGCUGUCGGCACCUCUCAUGGCUUGGCCCUGAUCUUCGAUGGCAACCAGGCUCUCCGGCUCUGUCUUGGAAACAAGGCAUCCGGCGCCGAGUUUGGGGCCGUUUCUGCCCUCAGCAUCAAUCAGGACUGCUCCCGGCUUCUCUGUGGGUUUGCCAAAGGACAGAUUCUAAUGUGGGAUUUGGCCAAUGGGAAGCUCCUGCGAACAAUCACAGAUGCUCAUCCGCCAGGGACAGCAAUACUCCACGUGAAGUUCACCGACGAUCCCACGCUCGCAGUGUGUAAUGACAGUGGCGGGUCCGUCUAUGAACUGGCUUUCAAAAGGGUGAUGGGCAUGCGCUCCUGUGACUCUCGCUGUCUCUUCAGUGGCUCUAAAGGAGAAGUGUGUUAUAUCGAGCCACUGCGUGCUCCUGUUGAAUUCCGAGACCAUCCCAUCACCAACUACUCCCUGCUCGCCAUGGCGUCUCUCACCAAGAUUCUUGUUAUUGGAAUGAAGCCAUCUCUCAAAGUGUGGUUGACGUUUCCUUAUGGCAAGUCUGAUCCGUCCAGUGUUCCUCAACUGGCAUGGCAGUUUGUCUCUGUUCAGAAGACCGUUAACCCUAUCCUGGCCUUCUGCAAAGGAGACACAGUCCAGUUCCUCAUGGUCAAAAAGGAGGUGACUGGAAUGAUCCACGUUGUCAAACAGCGACUCUUGCAACUCGACUGUGAUAUCAUCAGCCUUUGUUGGAUCAACAGUCGUACUUUGGUCAUUGUGGACAGCCGCGAAAAGCUGCAGGUGGUGGACCGAGCCAGUCAGGAGACUUUGGAAACUCUGGACCUGGAACAAGUCCAGCUGGUCUACAACAGCCGCCAUUUUAAAUCUCUCGCUACAGGAGGAAAUGUCUCGCAAGCUCUGGCUUUGGUUGGAGAAAAAGCCUGCUACCAGUCUGUCUCAAGCUUCUCCGGACAAAUCGUCUACCUCGGCACAAAGUCUGCUCACAUCAUGACACUUAAAACAUGGAGAGAGCGUCUGGAUUGUCUGCUGAAGCAAGAGCAUUUUGUUGAUGCUCUGGCGCUGGCGUGGGCCAUCCACGAGGGCAAGGCUAAAGCAGUGGUUGGACUUGUUGGGGAUCCUGUCAAAAGGAAGGCAGUGGUUGGAGACAAGAUGGUGGAUAUCAUGUUCCAGCUGUCAGAGCACACUUUGAAGAGAUGUCAAGAGCAAGCAAAUAAUCUGCUGAUGGAGCAACAUUUCCAGGAGGUCGUUCCUGUCCUCGUGGAUUACUGCCUUCUGCUUCAGAGGACGGACCUGCUGUACAACCAGCUGUAUGGCCAGCUGUCUGAUAACAUCAUUGCUAAAGGAGUGUUCCUAGAAUCCCUGGAGAUGUACAUCAUCAACAACCGCCUCGGAGCUUUGCCCACGCCUUUACUGAAGGAUCUGUUCGACCACUACCAUUGUACCGGUAUGAUGAGCAGCCUGGAGAGAUGCAUCGUUCAUCUGGACGUGACCAGCCUGGACAUGGAGCAGGUAGUUCAGGUUUGCUGGGAAAACCACCUCUACGAUGCUUUGAUCUACGUGUUUAACAGGGGAAUGAAUGACUACAUUACACCUUUGGAGAAAUGUUUUGCUGUGAUUGGUCCCCCACUGAGGAGCAAGGCGGCUUUAACAGAUGAGGAAGUGGAAGUGGGAAACAAACUUUUAGUUUAUAUCAGCUGCUGCCUAGCAGGAAGAGCCUAUCCACUGGGAAACAUAUCCGAAGACCUGGUGGUGCAAGUGAAAAACCAGGUGUUUGACUUCCUCAUACGUCUUCAUUCCGCUGAAACAUCCUCAUCUGAGGAGCAGCUCUUCCCAUAUAUUCAAACCCUCCUCCAUUUUGACACCAGAGAAUUUCUCAACGUCCUUGCUAUGACCUUUGAAGACUUUAAAAAUGACAAGCAGGCUCUUGAGUACCAGCAGAGGAUAGUGGACAUCUUACUGCAGGUCAUGGUGGAAAAUCCGGACUUCACUCCUUCCCAAGUGGGGGGGCUCUUUACAUUCCUAGCUCGCCAGCUGGCUAAGCCAGACAACACCUUGUUUGUCAACAGAAAUCUCUUCAGUCAGGUGUUGGAGUUCCUCUGCAGACCUGAUGACGACUCCAGACAUGCUGAGAGGCAGCAGGCUCUUCUGCAGCUUUUACAAGUAGGGGGCGUCGUCCAGUUUGAUGAAACUAGUCUGCUUGCCAUGGCGGAAGAAGCCAAAUUCUACCAGAUUUGUGAGUUUCUGUACGAGAAGAAAAACCUCCAUGACAAGAUCCUUGACUGCUACCUGAGAGACCCACUCAGAAAGGUGGAGGUGUUCAGCUACAUACACAAUUUGUUGUCCAUGCCAGGCUACAGUGCUGAGGACAAGAACAUGGUCAAGGUGAAGGCCCUGCAGCAAAUGAAGGAACUUGUGGGUCUCAACCAGGAGAAGUCAGCUGAUUUGGCUCUGCUACACUUCAAUGAGGAGUUGCAGCAGAUCGUGUCUCAACUGCAGGAUGACGAACUGACUUUCAAGUUUUUGAGGAGCCUGCUGAAGUCAAGGGAGGAUCUGGGCCCAGGAGACGACCUGCCUUGUGAACUGUACGAGCACCAGAUCCAGCUGAUGUGCCGCUUUGCCCCUGACCAUCUUGUCAACUUCCUCCACUCGUCGCAUUACCGACUGGACCAGGCAUUGAGUAUCACAGAGACGCACCAGCACAGUGAAGCCAGAGCCUAUUUGCUGCAGAAAAAAGGAGAUAUUCACGGGGCUUUUACUGUCUUGCUGGAGUUUCUUCAGGGUAAACUGCAACUGCUCACACCAGACAACAGUGAAGAACAAACAGUCAAGGGCGAUGAAGAACAGUGGCUCGAGAAGAAAACACUCAUGACGACGUUGAACGACUCACUCAAUGAUAUCAUCAACUUGUUGCACAGUAACUCAGCGAAGCUCGACCAGGCUCAAAAGGAGGUCCUGUGGUUUCUUCUACUGGAGGCCACAAUGGCACCGCAUAAGAAGAUGAAAGGCCUCAAUACAAAACAUACAUCUGAGGCCUUGAAGGAACUCACAAUGAAGGUUUUGAACAACAUGAGCAGCUUUAUUUCGCUCCCUGCCAUCAUCCAGCGAAUCCUCAAGGACCCAGUUUACAGUAAAGCCAAGCUGUCAGAGAUCCAGGACCUCAUUUUGGGCAUGCUCGACACCUUCAACUAUGAGCAGACUUUGUUAGAAACAACUACAAGUUUGUUAAACCAUGACCUCCACUGGUCCCUCGCACACCUUCGUGCUGCUGUGACAAAGGGACUCCACCCGCGACAAGACUACUGUAAUAUCUGCCUGCAGCAAUACAAGAAGAAGCAGGAGUCCAUCGAAGAGGUCAUUGUGUUCAGGUGUGGUCACCCGUAUCACUCCCAGUGCCUGCAGCAGAAGGUGUGUGAGAGCACUCAGGAGCCUCAGUGGAGCUGCUUCAAGUGUUCUUCAUCUGAAGGGCGAGCUGGACCCGCCACUCUGCCAAGGACGCGCCGCACCAAUUCUCUGGCACAGACCCGAGUGACCUCUCUCACCUACCAAGCUGGAAGCAGGCCUGAGGGAAGGGAGUUGUUUGUGGAGACCACUUUGGAUAGUCAGCAAGAGCAGUCGUGGGAUCAGCUGCGCUGCUUUUAUCGAGGACCUUCAAGGUUGUCCAUCAUUUCAGAGCUAUCUCUCAGCCAGAGUCAGGAGAAGCGGGACACUCUGAUUCCACCAGGACAGGGAAGCUUUCCCCUCAAGCUCUCUCCUCCUCCACUGCUGGAAGAAUGACGACUCGGCUUCAUUGUUUACUGAAUGUGUGUGUUUUUUUAAACCAAGGAAUCACUGUCAGCUUUGCUGUGUAAAUAUGCUGCUCAUGGAAACAAAGACGUUUGUACAGUGGUGAAAACCUUCCCGUGUGUCCACCUAAUGUCAGUGCCACUCCAGCUGACGAUUCAAAGCCUCCCAGCUUUUAUGAGCUUUUCAAGCUGUCAUUUGUUCCUGCUUUUUAACAAACAUUUGUUUUGUUUUAUGCCGUUGGCCUGUUAUAAAAUCAACUGAAAUCAAAAGACUCCCAUCUCUUUGAAAACACCUGUCGG